UCUGCAUGAGUCACAGCACCCAGGAGGGCAGCGGCAGGAAGCUCCACUCGGCAGAACCGGCCCCCCACACAGUGGGACCGUGGGAAGCCAUGGCUUCCUUGGGGCAGAUCAUCUUUUGGAGUGUUAUUAACAUCAUCAUCAUCCUGGCUGGAGCAAUUGCACUCAUCAUUGGCUUUGGCAUUUCAGGCAAGCACUUCAUCACAGUCACGACCUUCACCUCAGCGGGGAACAUCGGUGAGGAUGGGAUCCUGAGCUGCACUUUUGAGCCUGACAUCAAACUCAACGGGAUUGUCAUCCAGUGGCUGAAAGAAGGUCUCAAAGGCUUGGUCCAUGAGUUCAAAGAAGGCAAAGAUGACCUGUCACAACAGCACGAAAUGUUCAGAGGCCGGACAGCAGUGUUUGCUGAUCAAGUGGUGGUUGGCAAUGCUUCCCUGAGGCUGAGAAACGUGCAGCUCACAGAUGCGGGCACCUACACGUGUUACAUCCGCACCUCAAAAGGCAAGGGGAAUGCAAACCUUGAGUAUAAGACUGGAGCCUUCAGUGUGCCAGAGCUAAAUGUGGACUAUAAUGCCAGUUCCGAGAGCUUGCGCUGUGAGGCCCCUCGGUGGUUUCCUCAGCCCACAGUGGCCUGGGCAUCUCAGGUUGACCAAGGAGCCAACUUCUCAGAAGUCUCCAACACGAGCUUUGAGUUGAACUCUGAGAAUGUGACUAUGAAGGUUGUGUCUGUGCUCUACAAUGUCACGAUCAACAACACGUACUCCUGUAUGAUCGAAAACAACAUUGCCAAAGCCACAGGGGAUAUCAAAGUGACAGAUUCAGAGGUCAAAAGGCGGAGUCAACUGCAGCUGCUCAACUCAGGACCUUCCCUGUGGGUUUCUUCAGUCUUUGCAGCCGGCUGGACACUCUUGUCCCUCUCCACCUGCCUGAUGCUAAGAUGAGGGGCCUUGGCCAUACAAAAGCAUGCAAAGUUGCUGGUACAACAGAAUCCCAGGGAUCUACAGAAAUAUUUUCCACAAGACGUGACCUAGUUUUAUAUUUCUGGGAGAAAAUGAAUUCGUGUCUGAAAGUCUGGAAUGAACAGAUAGGAACAAGAUGUUAAAAAGAAAAAAAAAAAAGGAAAAGAAAAGAAAACAAAAGCAACCCUCGGACGCCUCCAAUAGGGACAAGAUGGACCUAGAUAAUUCAACUGAACUAGAGGACAGUAAAAGUGCUGUUAAAAUGUGUGUAGAGAUGGAUGUUUUUCCCCAUCUCAGGAACCGUCCCUUGCCUACCAGCUCCCAAGGAUGGGCUUGCUAUGAUGAUGCCCUAAAAGUCCCUGGAUGGUUUCGAUUGCCAUAUACUUGUUUCAUAUUCAGCACAUUAAACCAUAGGGUUCGUCGUGAAGAGCUGCUAAUCAGCCGCCACUUCACGACUCAAGGGUGGCGGCGUUUGAGUGACAGGCCCAGUGAUUCGCUUCUCAUUAGGAUGCUUUCAAAAGUACUUUGGCUUCUCCUCCCACCUGACAAAUGCCCAAGAUGUAGGGAGGGUGAUCAUAAUUUUAGGGCAAACAAAAUAGUUGAGUGAUGCUGAUUUUCCAAAUAAGUUCUCUCUUAGGCAAACAAAUGCCACUUUAUCUCUCAUCCUGCCUUGUGGCCUGUGUCAUCAUAAGGUGUGAAAGUUUCUGCAUGGAUAGCUGUGACCUCAGCUUCCAACCUCCAGAGCACUGGCAGUAAACUGGGGUGAUUUUCCUCCUUCUUAGUUUUCCUGGGACGGCUGGCAAUGUAGAGAGACUUAAUUGUCACAACUAAAGGAAGAGGGAGAACAGGGUUCAUGGUAUCUAGAGGAAAGGGCUCAGUGAUUAUAUCCAACACCUUGCAAUAGACAGGACAUGUCCCGCUGAGAAGAAUUUAUCCAACUCCAAAUGCUAACCACCUUGAGAUUAGCAAAUCCAGAAGGAGGUGAGCGUGAACGAGCCCACUUGCUUCCUGACAGUGAGUACCAAUUUCUGUCUCUAGCUACUGCCUCAGUUCAGAGAACUAGGUCUCUGCCUCGUGUGACAUUCUUCAAGGAAGCCAUGUGGGAAAUUCUCCACGGCAUUGUCUUCAGCUCACUGUACUUCUGAGGUCCUCUCCCUUCAUUCUGUGCACACAGUAACUUUGGCUUAAAUGCUGCCUGAUUUCCAUUCCAAGUUCUCAGGCUUUAGAUUUUAGAUCUCAAGACCGUGUCUGGGUAAAACACAAGUUAAGGCAACAAGAACAAAUCUUCAUUGAAAUGUGCAAAGACUUCUGGGAUUCCGGGGUUCUGUUUAUUUCUAGGAUGCUCAUAUAUGUUUGUCAAAUGUUCUACCAACUGAGUUACAUCCCAGCCCACACAGAGAUGUCUAAAGACAAUGGAACAAUGUCCUUUAAAAUGAAGCCUUGAAGAAUGAAGUUUGGAUGGCAAAGGACACUCUCUCACCAUCUUCCUCCCCACCCUCAAGUAUGGUUGGACACUGCCUCCCUGGACUUUGGAUAACCGUAUCUGUAUUACAUAUUGUUACAGAGAGCUUGAGACCAUUCAAAGGAAUUAUUAAAUAUACAUUCUCCACA